CUUUCCACUUUCCAUCAUACCCAAAAAUGGCAGACUCGUCAACACCAUUGACCGCACUAUGCAACAUCUGCCACAGUGCACCGCCCAAAUACACAUGUCCCCGCGACAAAGUCCGCACCUGCAGUCUCGCCUGCUCGCAAGCCCAUAAACGCCGCGCCGCCUGCACCGGCGUCCGCGACCCCAGCGCCUACGUCUCCAAAUCUGCCCUCGCGACCGCCGGCGGCAUUGAUCGCGAUUACAACUUUCUCAGCGGAUUGGAGCGCAAUAUCGACCGCGCCGAUAAAGAGACGACCGAACGUGGUGUUUCGUUAUCUGGACAUGGAAAACCUGUGUUUCAAAAACGAUGGCAUGACAAUGGCGCGUUGGGAAAAUACUUGAGGGAGAAUGGGAUUAUGGUGCAUAAGGCGCCGAUAGGGAUGGCGAGGCAGAAGGCCAAUCAGACGAGGUUCAUUCAGAAGAGCAAGAGGAUUGUUUGGAGUGUUGAAUGGGUUGUUGACGGCGAGAAGAGGAUUGCCGAGGUUGAUGAGUCGAGAACGAUGCAAGAAGGAUACAAGGAAUUGAUGCUAGAGAAAGAGAGGGAGAACAAGAAGAGGAAGAGAGCACACGAUGACGCAAAUGCAAAAUCACAGAAGCAGAAGGUGCGAUCAGAGAAGGUCGCGGCUGCUGAAACACAACCACAAUCUGAGGGAGGCGCCAUCGAGCAAGAAGAAGCUGUGCCCGAAGCGGAAAUCGCAACCACAGUCGGCCCUACAAUCGCACCUUCCGCAGACGAUACCAAAACAGAAGAUUCGUCAGAGCAACAACAACCACCUCCAUCGCAGGAUGAACCCUCGACGACAGCAGUCGCCCACUUCUACCUCCACAAACCGCACACCUCCUCAACGAAUACCGUUCUCAUCCCCGUUGCCUCAGACACCACCUUGACACACGCCCUCCGCCACAAAGACGUUCUCGAAUUCCCUACCAUAUACGUCUUCAACACCAAUGAAUCCUCACAUCCCCAGAAUCCCGCUCUCGAAGCAGCACCGGCUGGCACGAUCGUGAAAGAUGAUGGAAAAUCGCAAUUGCCUAAAGGCUUCAUCACACUCGACCGAUACAAUCAAGAAAGAUCAGCCGAGGAUAAAGAGUUGAUGGGACUAAUGGAGUCAAUACCCGAGGGACAAAGAAAGGUCGCCUUAGAUGGUGGUAUCUUUGGAGGUGUUGAAGAGAAGAGAGAAGAGGUGGAUGAGAAACAGAUACUUGAGGUGUUGCAGAGAGAUGCAGAUGCUUUGAAGGAGUGAUUUGAUCUACAUUUGAGGAAACCAUAAUGGAAUCCUAUGAAUUGCAGCACAAUGAGUCUUUUGAGUUGACAAUCAGAUUCUUCGGCUCCAGUAAAAACAUGAAGAUAUCUUAUUAGGAAGAGACCGAUUCCAUGAGAUACAUUUCGCAGAGUUGGAAUCUCCAAAACGGAGAUAGAUUGGUGCGCGUUUCGACGCGAUCGCGAAGUCUUGGCGAUAUUUCGGUGCUUAUGGGAUGACCCUGUCAGAAUAAUUGGUCCUUUUGAACAGACCCUAUCCGAAG